GGAUCUGCAGGAUCCGUUCAUCACACAAUUUUUUCUCAUACCACAAAUUACUUGAUAACGAUGCGACGCCGAGUCCUCAAUGGCAAUGGAAGUGCCGGUAGUAUUACUAGCAGGGCUAGAGAUAAAGACGAGACUGAGGACAUCACCAGUAAUACCACUGCUCGUUCAUCAGGCCCAAGCUCAUUAGUUGGACGCGAGAUUGUCAUUCGGAAGGAUCCAAUCCCGCGCAAUGCAACGAAAAACAAUGCUUCGUUUCAAGUGACUCGUUGGGCGAUUUUUCGGUUGUUGGGUUUUGUGUACUGGGUCGCCUUUAUGAGUGCUUGGAAUCAGAAUUUGGGAUUAAUGGGAUCAGACGGUCUGGAACCAGCCCAUGAUUACUGGCGUCGCUUUCAGGAACACUUGGAGUUUCCCACGGCUUGGCAAGGGUUCCUGGAAGCUCCAUCUUUGUUUUGGUGGAUUCCAUUGAAUGACUUACAUCUCAAUGGAGUGGCCAUGGUGGGAGCUCUCUUAUCCACUCUGAUUUGGACAGGAAUUCAUGUCAGUUGGCUUUCGUGGCUUUUACUCUGGCUCCUGCAGUUCACACUCGUCACCACAGCACGCCAUACAUCCUUUUAUCAAUACGGAUGGGAAUCACAACUCUUGGAAACUGGAUUUCUGGCCAUUUUUCUAUGUGAUUUACCCAAGCUUCAAUUACAACUGGUACCAAACUGUCGUUUACGCUUCCAUUUGGGAUUGUUUUCCACCAACGACACACAGCAAGCCAAUCCUCCUUCCCCCAUUAUUCUCUUCCUCUUUCGAUGGCUCUCUUUCCGCAUUUCCUUGGGGGCCGGAUUGAUCAAGAUACGAGGAGCUUCCUGUUGGACCAACAAGACAUGUCUCUACUAUCACUUUGAAACACAACCCAUUCCAUCCCCACUUUCCUUUGUCUUUCACUUUUUGCCAAAAGCCAUGCUCAGCAGUGCCGUCGACUUGGAUCUCUUUGUACAACUCUACACCAGUUGGAUGGUACUCAUUAUUCCCUUAUUUGGGUAUGGACGCAAUCUGCUGCGUGCCGCUGGAUUGGUCCAAGCCGGGUUCAUGAUCAAUAUCAUCCUAUCGGGAAAUUUUUCAUUCUUGAAUCAUUUGACCAUUGUCCCGGCAUUGGCAUGUCUCGACGAUGCCUGUUGGCCCACAUGGAUGGCACAACGCUGGAUUGUACCACCCGCCAGUGUUACUAUUCGAACAACCGAAUUAUCAUCAUCGACACAAGCACGACAAUACUCGUUUCCACCACGAUGGAUCGGCGACACGUGCCUGUUCCUUCUCAUUGCGUACUUGUCCCAACCCGUCAUUUCCAAUUUGCUGGGUACGCAGGGUCAUCAAGUCAUGAAUGCAUCGUUUGACAAAUUUCAUCUCGUCAAUACGUACGGCGCCUUUGGCAGUGUCGGACAACAACGCUUCGAACCCAUUGUUUCCGUCAGUCAAAAUGGACAUGACUGGCACGAACUCGAGUUUCCCUGCAAACCGGGACGCGUGACGCGACCUCCCUGCUUUUGUGCGCCCUAUCAUUACCGUCUCGAUUGGAAUAUUUGGUUCUUGGGAUUCCCGCCGCAUGCUAGCAUGUUGCAAAAUCGAGAACGAUGGAUGUAUCGGUUGCUGGAAAAGUUGUUGGAGCCAUCUUCUACAAAAUCUUUGAGUAGUAGGAAGAAUGAUCGGCUGAAUCAACCGGCCUGGUGGAAUUUACUGGAUUCGACUUCUGUCGAAUUUCUGAGGAAUCAACAAUCACAAUCAUCAUUGCGGUAUGCCAAGGUGGACAUGUAUCAUUACGAAAUGGCGGCACCAUUGUGGACCAUUUUGCAAGACUACUACGAGAAUUUCUGCCGGUCAUUGGACACGACUACUAGUAGAAACGACAAGCCGAAAGCAGUGUACUGGUGGAAACGAACGUACAAGGAACCUUUGAUUGAUUCUGUGAAAUGGGACCCCUCCCAAAAUGGUUUGGUCUGGGCUCGAGGACGUACUUAGCUAUUAUUGCUAUCUGACGAAUGUUUGAGAUUGGACGACAACGUCAAAUCGUACGCACACAAUACAUGUACAUAGUGUAUUUGGAAUAUCGCAAUGUUGCAACUUCAGUGAACACGUUGCAGUGAGCCGUAUCGUAAAAAAGGUUGUCAUGGGUACGCCGCUUUAAAUGCUCAGGUUCUGGUUCGCCGUUUGCAGGGCUGUUUUCCGUAGCCGAAACAAUGGCCGAAUCACAAUCAGGAAAUCCUCCCGGUCUCCGCACAUUGCAUCCAACUGCGUGCCGCCCUUUGUUUCAAUAUUGGGGGCGCGCUUCGUCUAUACUAUGUUCGUCAUCUUCCACUGCAUCCAACAGCCUGCCAUCUUCGUCGCGUCCUCUCCGGUUCACAACCAAUUCAGUGAUGGCGGACAUGAACCCCUCGGUUUCGUGAAAUCGUUUUCGCGUUCACCAAGUCGAGACAACUGAAAUGAAACAAAACCAAUGCGUACAAGGGCGCCAUAAUGGUUCCGAAGAAUCUCCGUGAAACCCAUGCAUGCACCGUCUCAUUCCAAGGGCAACUCCCAAGAGCCAGCGCUUGGAUGCCCCAAUAUCCAAUCAAUAAUCAUCCCAACAAAGGUAUAUUCGGAAUGGCGCCGGAUUGUCGGACACACUCUGCAUGCAAGAUACAUGUAUGGAUCUCAUGCCAGGUGGCUCUCACAACACCCUUUACAUGGCUGUUCCACCGCCAACACACCUGCAGCCACGAAACACAGUGUCCAGUCGCUUCCAUCGCAACAAACUAAUGACAACUUCAAUAGAACGAACCUUGCAACAGCUCCA